AAGGAUAAGAGAUAUAGAAUUGAUCUCUAGAGUUCAAGAUGCAUACCGGUUUUAUUAUAUGCCACCGAGUGAUGAUAGAGGAUUAUCCACUUCAAGUUUAUAUUUCUGCAAUAUUUUUUUCAGCCCACAGAGCAGUAUCACAAGGCAUCAAUUUGAGCUUAAUGACUUAGGAUGGAUAACUGGGAAACAUGUAGAAGAACACUGGAGUGCGUGCCUGCAGACCCUUAUAGGUCAUGAUGACUGGGUCAACUCUGUAGUCUUCUCGCAUAACUCCAAGCUACUGGCCUCUACUUCUGACAACAAGACCAUCAAGAUAACUAUGGAAUGCCAGCAGCGGCGCCUGCCUGCAGACCCUCGAGGGUCACGGCGACUCAGUCAUAAAACUUGAUAUUAUCAAAUCGCGCCUUGAAACUAAUAUGGGUAUUUUUACCAUACCUUUUCUCGCCAACUCAACAUCCUCCCAAGCAAAUCCCGACAUACUGCAUUCUAGGGGAUUCGGAAUAAGUCCUGAUCAAACCUGGAUUACAUGGGACUCAGUAAAUCGGUUGAAGUUGCCAUCACUCAGAGAGAUGUGUAUUUUAUUUUAUUUUACAGGUGAUAACUUCCUGGAUAUGUGACAUUGCGUUAAGGCCAAUACUUACGGAGUAGUUACACCAGGCCAGGCCUUAACUACAAGUUACAGCGUCGCGCUCAAUAAUCUCUACCCGCGCUAAUAUCUUGGCAAUUGGUCUGAAAAAGAAUCCUGGUUGUCCAUUUCGAGAUCCUUUGU